AUGGAGAGGGGCAAUCACACGGUGACUGAAUUCAUCUUGUUGGGUUUCACGUCGGACCCUGUGAUGCAGCUCCUCCUCUUUGUGUUAUUUCUUGCAAUGUAUUUUAUGACCGAGGUGGGAAACGCCACCCUCAUGGUGCUGAUCUGCAAUGAUGCCCGGCUCCACACGCCCAUGUAUUUUUUCAUUGGAAAUCUGUCUUUUCUGGAUCUGUGGCUGUCCUCAGUUUACACCCCGAAGAUCCUAGUGACCUGCAUCUCUGAAGACAAAAGCAUCUCCUUGGCAGGUUGCGUGACCCAGUUCUUCUUCUCCGCUGGGCUGGGAUACACUGAGUGCUACCUGCUGGCUGCCAUGGCCUACGACCGCUAUGUGGCCAUCGCAAAACCCCUGCUUUACACCCAGGCCAUGUCCAUAAAGCUAUGCAUAUUUUUGGUAGCAGCCUGCUAUCUUGGAGGCUUCACUAACUCUUCCAUCAUCACCAAGAAGACCUUUUCCUUUGACUUCUGCAAAGACAACGUCAUUGAUGACUUCUUCUGUGACCUGCUUCCCCUAGCCAAGUUGGCCUGCGGCAGGACAGAGGGCACCCAGACUCUGAUGUACUUCCUGUUGACCUCCAACGUCAUCACGCCCCUUGCCCUCAUCCUGGCCUCCUAUCUCUUCAUCAUCGCUGCCAUCUUGAGGAUCCGCUCCACCCAGGGCCGCCUCAAGGCCUUCUCCACAUGCUCCUCCCACCUCAUCUCAGUCACUCUGUACUAUGGCUCCAUCCUCUACAUCUACUGUCUCCCCAGUUUUAGCUAUUCUAGGGAUAAUGUUGUUUCCAUCUUUUACACUGUGGUUUUUCCCAUGCUGAAUCCCUUGAUCUAUAGCUUGAGAAAUAAAAAUGUGAAAGAGGCUUUGCAUAAACUCAUCAAUAAAUCAAGCUGA